AUGGCCGACAUAGACCGCGAAAAAGACUACCUCCGAUUCAAGCAUGGCGCCGCCGUCGCCUUUGUGAUCGCCUCGCCCAUUCUGCUGGCCCUCCCGCCGCGCAAACUCGACCACCUCGCCGUGUUGAACAUUGGCGCCUUCGCCUUCUCAACAAACUACCUCGUGCGCGAGCAUACAGGCCGCAGCAUCGUCGAGCGGAUCGAGGGCAAGCUUGCCCGGCCGCAGCUGCAGAUCCUGCGCGACAUGCCCACCGAGAAGGCGGAGAAGCUGCAGGCCCAGCUGCGCGCGGAGCGAGACGCGCAGAUCAGCUCCGGGCAGGUGACUGGGGAGGACCUCGAGCGGCUCAAGGCCCGGCAGGCGCAGGAGAAGGGCGUCAUGCAGCGGUUAUGGAUGGGAGGGGAACAGGAGGGAUGGAAGGAGAGGCGGCUGCAGGAGGAACAGCAGGCGCUCGAUGAAGGGAAAGGGUACGGAUACUUGAUCAAAAAGCAUUUCCAGGAUGUCUGGAGGGGCCAGUCGGGCCAGACAACGACGGAUCAAUCGAGUACAACUGGUCAACAACCGGAGACCAAGUAA